AUGGAAAAACCUAAGCCAAUUUGCUCUAAAAGGAAUGCGACACAAAAACUGCUCAGCAGGAUCAUUUAAUCCAAUUUUAUUUUAAAACCUUUCUUCAACAUUCUCUUUGUUCUUUAAUUACCAAAAUAAUAAUGGGAUUUUUUACAGGCAACGAAAAAGAUACGGAAGAUCAAUCAGACUGUAGUUUAAGUUUUUCUACUGAACGAGCGUUUACCAAAAAUGAUAUUCUGAUCUGCGCAUCUUAUGGCAAUAUUUAUGCGAUCCAUAAAACAGAUGGGAGUGGACUUUGGAAGUCACCCUUCAAAGCAGGUGGUGGGGUCAUAUCUCUAUUCGUCACAGAUAGUGACAAAAUCAUUGCGGGUGCCUUUGGUAAAACAGCUUGUUUUGACCUGAUGAACGGUUCCAUGAUCUGGUCCAACAAUAUGCCUGGAUUUGGGUACGAAGAGGUGUCUGUUGUCUCAACACCUAGCCGGGUAUUAAAACCCAGACGAAAUCCAGAACUUUCUGCCACAAGUGAACAUGGAUCGCCACCACAAUAUGGCGAAAGUAGUGCGCCAGAAAAACCAGUCGUUUUAGCAUGCUCACAGGGAAAAGCUAUGGGUAUUGAUAUUUCAUCGGGCGAAACGUUAUGGACAUUCAACUGUCCGGGGGGAAGAUAUAAAAUACCUGUAGUGGUUGUAGAGCCACCUAGUAUGGAGGAAGGAAGGCCUCACCAGCUUGCGUAUAUCGGUGCUGCAAAAUGGGUUUAUUGUUUGAUCGCUAAAACGGGCAAAGUGGUAUGGUCUACAAAGGUUGCAACAGGUAUCAUCGGCGCUAACUUUAUGUCACUGGCUACUCCCUGGAGCUCUCGUCUAGCGGCUGAAACACAUUCCGCUUUUAGUCAAAAUCCUUCUGCACAAUAUCUGGAAAUACAACGUGACAAGCACAGAAGAAGUGCUUAGUUAAGCACGGAAGCAGUAUAUAUAUCUUUAAAUAUUCACAUCAAGCUCUCGAGUUGAAAAAUUCACAGGAUCUCUAUUCUGAAUCGUUUCAUUCAUUUAUUUGCUUUUAAAUAUUUCUAAUUUUGUUUAAAGGAUCAACUAAGAAUAAUAAACCCUUAUUAUAAAAGGCGCAAACUUUACCAUCACUCA